AUGGUAGAAACGAUGGAUUCUAAGAGAGAUAUACAAAUAUCUAAAGCAUUAUCGUACUUGUUACGCCAUGGUGCUGAAAAAGAAAAAUUAGUUAUAGAUAAUAAUGGAUAUAUUGCGGUCGAUACGAUAUUACAACACAACAGAUUAAAAACUCAUAAAUGUACUAGGCAGGAUUUGAUUAGAGUGGUUGAUAAUAAUGAGAAGAAACGGUUUAUUAUUGACGAGAAGAACGACAUGAUUGCUGCCACUCAAGGUCAUUCUAUUCAAUUGAAACCUGACGAUAAAAUAUUAAUGCCAAUUACAAACGUUGAUUCAUUGCCAGCAAAAUUAGUUCACGGCACAAAUGUGAAAAAUUGUUUGGCGAUUGUGGAGAGUGGGAAUUUAUCAAAGAUGAAAAGAAAUCAUAUACAUUUAUCGAUUGGUAUUGUAGGGAAAGAUACGAAUGUGGUGAGCGGCAUGAGGAAAAAUUCUACCAUUUACAUAUAUCUCAAAAAAGAUCCCGAAACUUUAUCACAAUUAAAAUUAUUCAAAUCCUUGAAUGAUGUAUACCUAUGUGAAAAUGAUAUCGAUUUAAAAUGUUUUGAAAAAAUUGAAAUUAAAAACAAUAAGAAACAAUUGAGUGAAAAUGACGAUAUAACGAAAUUGAUUCAAUUAUUGAAGAAUAAGAAUAUUCCAUAUGAAAUAAUAUAA